AUGGCUGGAAAGAAGAUUAUAAAGCUUAAACAAAAUGAGAAUAUCAUGAUCGAUUCGCCCAAUGAAUCAAGUCAAUCUUCAGAUGUGAAUUUAGCACGUAGCUUCGACAACACUGAAAUUAAAACUAUGCGUGAAAUUCCUCUAAACAAAUUGCUAAAUUUGAAAAAAGAUAUGAACAUGAUGGGAAGGAAUAAAUCACAAAUUAUCAUUCCGAUUAAAUCGAAUAUCAAUAUUGCGGAAGAUGAAAUGGCGCAAUCAUCCACUGGUAAUUCUGAAGAGGCUGAAAACAAAAAAUGA